AUGGCUGAAGAGAAAUCGUCGCUUGCUGAAGUUCAGGAAGCACCAGCUUCUGAAGCUGCGAGCACUGAAAAGGAGAAUUCACCAUCAGCGAGUGUUGAAAUACAGACGGAUGUAACGGCGCCCCCGAAGAUACCCAAACUGCGAAUACGAGAUACGAAAGGCGCGAAGCGAGCCGAAAUCUGUUUUCGCUAUUUGGCUGGACGCCUUGAGAAUGAGAAAAAUGAUCAAUACAAGUAUUACUACUACUGUCGUUUACUUGAAAACGAAGAAAUGAUCAGAUCUGCCCUUAAGUAUUACAUAGACGAAGUGCUUGACAGUCCCAUCUAUGCUUACAAUACAGACGACGCAGAGCUUUUGGAGCAAUUAGAAGAGCUACUUAAAAGGAUCGAUAUGCCGGAAGAGGACAGUUGGGAGGAUGAAGCGAUGGAAUUUUCGAAGAUGGACGCUACAGACAAGGAAUUGAUAAAUGCAGCGGAGGAAUACCUCUUAUACAGAUAUGGCGUGAGCCCUGUUUAG